AUGUCAAAGAAGGGCGCGGGCAGCCGGGCCAAGGGAGACAAAGCGGAGGCACUCGCCGCAUUGCAGGCUGCCAACGAGGAGCUACGAGCCAAGCUCACGGAUAUCCAGAUUGAGCUACAGCAGGAGAAAAGCAAGGUCAGCAAAGUGGAACGGGAGAAGAGCCAGGAGCUGAAGCAGGUGCGCGAACACGAGCAGCGAAAGCACGCGGUCCUGGUCACUGAGCUCAAGACCAAGCUGCACGAGGAGAAGAUGAAGGAGCUGCAGGCAGUGCGGGAGGCGCUGUUAAGGCAGCACGAGGCCGAGCUGCUAAGGGUCAUCAAGAUCAAGGACAAUGAGAACCAGCGGCUGCAGGCGCUUCUCAACACCCUGCGGGACGGUGCACCUGACAAGGUGAAGACGGUGCUCCUGUGCGAGGCUAAGGAAGAGGCCAAGAAGGGCUUUGAGGUAGAGAAGGUCAAGAUGCAACAAGAGAUAUCAGAGCUCAAGGGGGCCAAAAAGCAGGUGGAGGAGGCACUGACAAUGGUCAUCCAGGCUGACAAGAUCAAGGCCGCGGAGAUCAGGAGUGUCUACCAUCUGCACCAAGAAGAAAUUGUUCGCAUCAAGAAGGAGUGUGAGCGUGAGAUCCGCAGGCUGAUGGAGGAGAUAAGAUUUAAAGACAGAGCAGUCUUCGUGCUGGAAAGAGAGUUAGGGGUUCAAGCCGGGCAUGCCCAGAGACUGCAGCUCCAGAAAGAGGCUCUAGAUGAGCAACUUUCCCAGGCCAAAGAGGCUGAGCGGCACCCAGGCAGCCCCAGACGGGAACUUCCUUAUGCAAGCGGUGCAGGAGACGCCUCAGACCACUCAGGAAGCCCUGAACAGCAGUUGGACGAAAAGGAUGCCAGGCGCUUCCAACUUAAAAUCGCUGAGUUAAGCGCCAUCAUUCGUAAACUGGAAGACCGCAACGCCUUGCUGUCCGAAGAAAGAAAUGAGCUGCUAAAGCGGCUGAGAGAAGCUGAAAGUCAGUACAAGCCGUUGCUGGAUAAAAACAAGCGUCUGACUCGGAAGAACGAAGACUUGUCUCACACUCUGCGGCGCAUAGAAAGCAAGUUGAAAUUUGUUACUCAGGAGAACAUAGAAAUGAGGCAGAAAGCCGGAAUCAUCCGGAGACCCAGCUCCUUAAAUGACCUUGAUCAAAGUCAAGAUGAGAGAGAGAUCGACUUCCUGAAGCUCCAGAUUGUGGAGCAGCAGAACCUCAUUGAUGAACUUUCCAAGACCCUGGAGACAGCAGGCUAUGUGAAGAGUGUGUUGGAACGUGAUAAGCUGUUGCGGUAUCGGAAACAAAGAAAGAAAAUGGCGAAACUCCCCAAGCCGGUUGUUGUGGAGACCUUCUUUGGCUAUGAUGAAGAAGCUUCCUUGGAAUCCGAUGGCUCUUCCAUUUCUUAUCAAACCGACAGGACAGACCAGACCCCAUGCACCCCCGAAGAUGACCUGGAAGAGGGUAUGGCCAAGGAAGAGACGGAGCUGAGGUUCCGGCAGCUGACCAUGGAGUACCAGGCAUUGCAGCGAGCUUAUGCCUUGCUGCAGGAACAAGUCGGCGGGACACUGGAUGCAGAGCGAGAAGUUAAGACCCGUGAGCAGCUGCAAGCAGAAAUCCAGAGAGCACAGACCCGGGUGGAAGACCUGGAAAAGGCACUGGCUGAGCAGGGGCAGGAUAUGAAGUGGAUUGAGGAGAAGCAAGCGCUGUACCGAAGGAACCAAGAGCUUGUAGAAAAGAUAAAACAAAUGGAGACGGAGGAGGCCCGGCUGAAACAUGAGGUCCAGGAUGCAAAGGACCAGAAUGAACUGCUGGAAUUCAGGAUCCUGGAGCUUGAGGAGAGGGAGAGGAAGUCACCGGCCAUCAACUUCCACCAUACGCCAUUCGUGGAUGGGAAGAGCCCCCUGCAGGUGUACUGUGAGGCCGAAGGUGUAACGGACAUCCUGGUCACGGAGCUGAUGAAGAAGCUGGAUAUCUUGGGGGAUAACGCCGUAAGUAAUCUGACCAAUGAGGAACAAGUGGUUGUCAUUCAAGCCAGGACAGUCCUGACCCUGGCAGAAAAGUGGCUCCAGAGGAUUGAAGAGACAGAGUCAGCGCUACAGCGGAAAAUGGUAGACCUGGAGAGCGAGAAGGAGCUGUUCAGCAAGCAGAAAGGCUACCUGGAUGAGGAGUUGGACUACAGGAAGCAGGCAUUGGACCAAGCCCACAAGCACAUCCUGGAGCUGGAAGCCAUGUUGUAUGAUGCCCUGCAGCAGGAAGCCGGGGCCAAGGUGGCUGAGCUGCUGUCAGAAGAGGAACGUGAGAAGCUCAAGGUGGCAGUGGAGCAGUGGAAGCGCCAGGUCAUGAGCGAGCUACGGGAGCGCGAUGCCCAGAUCCUGAGGGAGCGUAUGGAGCUGCUGCAGAUUGCACAGCAGAGAAUAAAAGAGUUAGAAGAAAGAAUAGAAACCCAGAAGAGACAAAUAAAGGAGCUGGAAGAAAAGUUUUUAUUUUUGUUCUUGUUUUUCUCCCUAGCUUUCAUUCUCUGGUCAUAG